UUCAGCACUCAGGAUUCCUAGUAAUUCGUUAGAUUGCGAGCAAUCCAGCAGGAAAAAUAGCAUCGUCUACAGCGGGCUUUAGAUAACACGAUAAAAAGUGAGUUGACUGAACUACCGUUAACAGUCUCUUCUUAGAUAACAAAAUAGAAAAAUGGAGUUGACUGAACUCUCGUUAACCGACGUUUGUGAAAUUGGCCCUUAAACUAUUAAGUAGAUAAUCUAAAGGAGUCUAGAACGCGAGGAAGACAGCAAGAAGGCGGAAAAACUCGGAGAACAGAAUACGGCAAGUGACCGGCAGGUCGACGACGCUCCCUUAGAGGGAAAAACCUAAAAAGAAAAGGAUCGAUUAACCCACAGUUAGCAGUUAACUGACGUACAAUACUUACUCCUCCUCCCAAUUCUUAGGUCCUGCGCUCGGUACAGGAGAUAUUCGAAAUAGGAAUAAACACCGAGCGUCAGAAUGGAGGGAAAGGAAGAGAUUGAACCGAGAUCAAGAUUGAUCUACGUUGGCAGAAGUGGACAUUAGUUGGCGAUUAUCGGAGAUCGCGCCCCCCGCGGCCGGGAUUGGGCGCGUCGCACCUUCCGUUCGCGCGCGAUUGGCGGAGGAUCCCCCGGGCCGGCGAUCAACGACGAUCCGCGAUCUUCGCGACGGGCAGCCAAUCGAUGAGCACCGCGGCGUUCGAUUCGCCCCGGCCUGCCGCGCCCCUCUCUCCACCCACAGUGGACCCCGGUGGUCCGUGCCACCCAUCGAUCGUCCUGGGAAAUCCUGGUCGCGCCGCGCGUCCCGCUGAGAACGCGACUUUAUGGCGUUUCGCGCUAAAAGUCGAUCGGCUCGAAUUCGAAAAUCGGAUCGGGGGCGAGCGACGAAGCAGACGAAAUUCCGCCAUACGACAGCAGCAGCAUGAACGUCGGCGGCGACAUCGCGCAGCUGUCCUACAAGGAGCUGCAGGCCCUGGCCCUGAGGUACCGCGUCCCGGGUAACAUCAAGAAGAAAGUGCUGGUCAAGGUUCUGCAAGCCGCCAAGAGCGGAAAUGACGCCGAGUUUUACCGGCUGCAGCACGAGCUGAGGAAGAACCGCAAGAGGAAGACGAGGAAGUCGAAGGACCCCAAGCUCGGGGUAACGUCGACGCCGCUGCACAGCCCCGAUUAUAUAAUGGCCGACGACGACUAUUGUCAGCAGCAGCAGCAGCAGCAGCAGCAGCAGCAACAUCAGCCGCAGCAACAUCAGCCGCAGCAACAGUCGCCUUGUCAGUGGUGCUUCCCGUUUUUGCAGAUCGGCGCCGAGGAGGAGAUAGCCAGCAAGGAGGACGACAUCAAGAUCCCGCACUACGAGGAGUUCAAGCAGUGCCUGUUCAGGAUUCAACGGGAAUUCCAAGCGUGCGACAGCAACAAUAACCAAGUGGAGGAUCUGAGUAUCGUGGAUCUGCGGACGGCGCCGAUGUCGCCCGAUCUUCAAACGAUUCCUCUGGUCGAGCCGAGCUACCCGAGAGCGAAUCUGAUCAACGACACGGAUCCCCUCGCGAUCUCGUCCAACGACAGAUCGAGUUAUCAGGUGUUGAAGGAGCCUGAGCCAGGCUUGCAGGGCUCGUUCCUGCUCAAGAGAAUGCUGCAGGCGCCGGUGGGCGCCAAUCUAGGCGAGAUCGCCAGCUCUAUUUUCUGGACCAGCAAUCUGCUGGAUAAUUCCGACACCCUGACCGCCGAGUCGGAGAGCAACGAGAAUGAAAAUGAGCUCAACGCGAAUACCAACGAGUACUACAACUUGCUGAAGAAUUCCAAGGGUGAAUACCUGCUAAACGAGGCGAACCUGAUGCCUCAGCAGAGUUCGGCCGUACUGGCUGACGACAAUCAGUACAGGUAUCCUGGCGACAUAGACAAUCGGCCCAACUCAUACCAGAAUUGGACCAUCACUAGCGUGAUGGAGGUGCCAGACAGCGAGCUGCAGUUCUCCAAGGUAUUCCACGCGGUCUAUUACAACAACACGGAUUCCACUGCGGGGUCCACCGCGAACGCGGACAACAAUCUGACUUAUCAGUAUCAGACAGAUACCGCUUGUAACAGCGGUCAAAACGCCUUCAACUUGGACGCGCAGGACAACUACGCGACCGGCACCGAUAUGGUGACCAACGAUCCAUCUGAUAUUUAUUAUCUGCAAAAUUUUGGUAGGCACAGCGGGGAGACGAACACGGGAUACUUUCGCAACGUCGACACCUUCGAGCAGAACAACGUGCAGCAAAAUGUCUACGCGAACGACCAGCAGUAUCAGUACCUUUAUCCUCGAUUCACUCAGGAGACGAACAAUCUGUUGAACGAGAGAUUCGAGCAGCCGCAAAGCAAUUUUGUGGCAGGGAGAAUAGUAGAAAAUAAUAUUAAUCAGGAAACUGGUACGGGGAAUUUGCAGAGACCGGCAAAUGGAACAACGGAGGCGUUCUGGCCGAAGUGGACCCCCGAGCACAACAACAAUCUGGAGAACGUUCUGAACUACCACGUGUCCAAGCAAGUGGAUUACUCCAAGUUAAGUCAGACAUCUUGCGUCUACUGCUACAUGGCGCCGAUCGUCUCGCAACGAUCUAAUCUGGCGAUUAACGGCUGCUCGACCGAACGGAGAUACACCGCCGAGCAUCGGCAACACUCCUUCUCGCCCUACUGGAUGCUGUACAACGACACGUCGCAAGGCAUGCGAAUGACGAAUGCGCACGGCAACCUGUUCGAGCAGCCCAUGCCGACGCACACGGCCGUCAUCUCCGGCAACGACGAUCUGAGGGAGCCCGCCAACGUUGCUCCCAUCAACGACGUAUGGAUGAAUCAGUACGGGCCACCGUCCAUCGCCGACGACAUGAACAUCCAAGGUUCGGACUCGCUCUUCUUCAACGUUACCGCCGAUCGGCUUGACGACAUCCCGGACGCGCCGGAUAUAGCGAAGACUUAAGAUCCACGCGCCAAAUAUUUACGACAGUAAACAAAAAUAACUACAGUAAAAUCGUGACGUUGUUAAGUGGAACGGACGACGUUCCUCGAACCGUCGAGUGACGACGAACGAUCGUUUCUUCGGGAUAAUCACGAUACCUUUUUCCAUUUCUAAAGCUGCGGGAGGAUCUUGCUAUUGUUUCAGGCUUUGAAUAGGGACAGCCGAAACCCGCCCGUCUCUCGUAUCGCGCAAUUGAUCGUCUCAAUAAUUUUGCGCGAUAUUGCCGCGAGACGCGCGCCAACCUGCUCUGCCGCUUCCGCAUCGUCGACGAGUGACACGCGCAAUUAUUUUACCGGCUUGUAACUGGAACGGGAACGAUAUCCGAGCAGAAAGCAAUAGCAAACAGAAAUGGAAGUUGAAUAAUCGAUAUCACCUUGGGAGAUAGACGGAUGGAUCUAUCUUUGAACGUACAAACGCUUCUACCGCAGAUCAUUGCAAGUUCUAUUUUGAAGCACAGAGGCUUCAGGACUCGAUAUCUCGUGGAAAGGCAAAUGUGUUCCGUAGAUCGGAGAUAAAACGGUAAAAUACAAUUAACCAAGUACCUUCUUGAACGUACUUAAUGAACUAUUAUUAUUCACAUGAGAUUGCGAUAUAUUGUGUGAUGUGAAAAGGCUUUAUAUAUUUUUUUCAUGUGUUAGGAGAAAAGAGUUAUUAGGAUUUUUAUAUUAUAUAUAGGAUUU